UUGAUUUCCGAACGUACCUAGAAAAGAAUCUCCUAUUCGGGAGAAUAAAGAUCGAAACCUACCUUUGUACCUUUUGUCUCCUUAAUUGAAACACAAAAAUCAUCCAAUGCCCUCAAAAUAACAAUAAUAAUGUGUUGAUAAGCCACAUGCCCUUGGCUUGAAUUCAAAAGCCAUUUUUUGCUGACAAAAUUUGAUCGUGUCACUCUUAACAGGGCAGUGUCAUUGAUAGUUUGAAAUAAAGGCUUUUCUAUAAGGGGGCACGACAUGCCGUCCAAAAAAUACGCAAAAGAUCUCAUCUGUCCCGUUUGGAAGCCAACGUCUCCAUGUGGCUAUCCAUCCAUAUGCCUUUCCACGUCGACCCCUCCUUCCGCCACUUCCCACAACAUAAUGUCUUUAAGAUCGUUCAACAUCUACAUCACAAACUCAAGCGACUGAACCACCGUAAGGAUAAUGAGUUUAUAAGUAAUAAACAUUAUCUACAUUGAUAUGAGACAUUUUAAGAAUACCAAAAGUAAAUCUAGGAAAGAUUAUGAUCAAAGUGGAUAAUAUCAUAUCAUUGUGUAAGUCUGUAGUUCCAACACGGUAUCAAAGUCAUAGACCUUUUAACUUAGCUAAAUCUUUAAGUGUCAAACAAAGGGUGUCAACGGUGGUGCAGUCAAGAGUGACUCAAGUGUCAAACAGAUGGUGCACUUUGUUUGAGGACUCUAAGGAUAAAGUCGAGACUCGAUUAAGGGAGGCUGUUCGUUGGGGGUAAAAACUAACUUAAAUAAACGUAUGUGAAUAGGGCCAAAGCAUUUAAAGAUACAGGUUACCGUUGAAGCCGAGCAGAGACAUUAAAAGAGCUGUACAAUAAAUGCUGCAAUAACUAAGCAGCCUCCACCGGCAAACCCUAUACCCCGGCCCACACGCACUCUCCUCUUCUCUUCAAUGGCCAUCGCUUCGAGUAUUCUCUCAUUUCUUCCUUCGUUUUCAUUUCUAGAUCCAUGGCCGAAGACGCCGCCCUUAAAUCCUCUCUGGUUUUCCUAGCCGCCGUCGUCGUUCUCGUCGGAAUCUCCACGCAUUCCUUCAAGAAAAUGGCCGUAACUUAUCUGGUCGGCGUUUUCGCCAUCGCCGGCAUCCUCUUACCAGACUGGUGCUUCUUCGACCGCGAUUUCUCCCGGUGGAUUUCUCCAGUCACCGAAGAGGAAAGGGAAUCGUAUCGGAUCUCGACUGCAUCUCGGAAUCCAAGGUUUAGGAUUUAUCCAAUCAGACUGGCUGUGUACGCCAUAGUUUACAGUGUUGCGCUAUACAAGUGGUGGAAAUUCGUUUCCACCUAAAUCCUCCAUCAUAUCUGUAGUUAUUAUCUGCUAUAGAAUUUUUUUUUUUUUGGAGAAAAAUAAAAAUAAAUUCCCCCAAAUUUGUCCAUUUUUA